GCUCAGACGUCGCCUUCAUUCAUUUUGCUACAUGGAGAAAACACCUAGAACACAGCUGGAGGAGACGCCGGAGCUUCACAGACAGCAGUCAGGAUGGUCUAUAUCGCCGCUUUGCCUUUUGGACACGGAGUGUCUGUCUUGACGGAGGAGGAAAGCGUGGUGGAGAUGAUAGGAAAGUACUUCUUCCAGCACAAAGCCCCGGGCCGCUUCCACAGUUCGGCCCGGCGGGGAAGCGUUGAGAGCUGCGAUGAGAGAGACGGCGGCUGGCCUUUCACAACCGUGGACGCUGGUGUGGAGGAUGAGCAGCGGCUCCUUCAUCAGGACCUGACCCGGCAGCUGGAGUCCUGUCUGACGGAAGCCAAGCAGUCGGUCCUCCGCUGCCAGGAGCUGCUGCUGCCCCGCAACAUGAUCACCCGGGUCGGACACCACAUCCUGCGCUACGCCGCCGACGAGCCCUGCGGGCUCCGAGGCGCUUCCAUCAGGCUCUACGUGGAGGGCAAAGACGGCGUGAAGUCUGUGGGGAGCAUCGUGCCGGACCCGGCUGUCACCCCGACCUUUGAGCUCUCUGUGGUGUUCAAGGUGGACAAGGAGGACGGCUGGCACAUCUUCUACUCCGCCAAGGCGCUGAAGCUGAGGCCGGAGUACCGGCUGGUGAAGAGGAAGCUGUACUCCUCCGCCAGUCCUGUGGUCCAUGACUUCAGCUAGUGGAGGAGGGACUGUGGGUCACUUUCAGUCUGUUCUGACUGAAACAUAGCACUGUGAUUAAACUUUUUGAUUAGCUCGGUUUAUUAAAUGUUCCUGUAUUGAUGUACCUUUUGAGCAGGUCCUCAAACGGAUUUUGUUUGUCACUCAUUUCCAGUUUUUUAUUGUUUUGCACUACUGGCCGUGUCUGACACAGUUUACGUUUCAGUCCAGGACUGGGCUGGUCUCACUACUGAAUGGUACUGUUUUUUUGUAUUUUAUUAAACUGCACAAUAAACUAUUUAUAUUUA